GCGAUUUAAAAGCAAGCAAUUAUUCAAAUUGUAUAUUCACCUUAGCAGUAAACAAUAGAAAACAUAAGUGUUUCUAAUUUUUGGAGCUUGUUUAAAAUAGCUAAAUGAGGACUUAAAAAAGCUAAAUUUGCAUCCCUUGUAAAUAGAUAUUUUGAAUUUGUUGCGAACUUCUCGCGGUCUUAAAUUUGUUCAUUGGAUAUAUGGGGGUCAAGGAGUUAUGGGGAGUGCUCACACCCCACUGUGAACGAAAACCUAUUAAUGAACUGCGUGGCAAGAAAGUGGCCAUUGAUUUAGCAGGCUGGGUGUGCGAGUCCUUAAAUGUUGUUGACUAUUUUGUGCACCCGAGGCAUCACUUAAAAAAUCUUUUCUUUCGCACCUGUUAUUUAAUUUGGGAACAGGUCACUCCUGUUUUCGUUUUGGAAGGGGUCGCUCCAAAACUCAAGAGCCAAGUGAUAGCCAAAAGAAAUGAACUCCAAUUCCGGGGAGUAAAACCUAAGAAUUCUCCUGAAUGUACUCAAACCCAGGCUCCCAAAGGCGACAAAGGACGAACCCGGUUCAAUCAUGUUCUCAAACAGUGUGAAAAUCUUCUUCUCUCCAUGGGAAUCCAGUGCGUCCAAGGUCCUGGCGAAGCGGAGGCCUACUGCGCCUUUCUCAACAAGCAUGGAUUGGUGGAUGGCGUUAUCAGUCAGGAUUCGGACUGCUUUGCCUAUGGAGCCCUACGAGUUUAUCGCAACUUCUCAGUUUCCACCCAAGGAGCCCAAGCAGCUGCUGGCGGCGCUGUGGACAUCUACGAUAUGAGGGACAUCACCGCCCGCAUGGACUUCGGUCAGCAUAAAAUCAUUGUGAUGGCUCUGCUUUGCGGAUGUGACUACUGCCCCGACGGCAUUGGUGGAAUUGGAAAGGAUGGUGUUUUAAAACUCUUCAACAAGUACAAGGACACUGAGAUUCUGGAAAAACUAAGGAACUGGCGCAAGGAAACAGACAAAUACAACGCUCUGGAAAUUCGCGUGGAUGAUAAAUCUAUCUGCAGCAAUUGUGGGCACAUUGGGAAAACCCAGAGCCACACAAAAAGUGGUUGCAGUGUUUGUCACACCCACAGAGGCUGUGAUGAAAGUCUUUGGAAAGAACAGCGAUUAUCCAUCAAGGCAGAAUUAACUUUGCGCAGAAAAGCCUUGUUAGCUGAAGAUUUCCCCAAUGAAGAGAUUAUUGCCGAGUUCCUUAGUGAACCUUCUAAAAUACCAACACUUAAUCUUAAUUGGCGGCAACCAAAUCUGGUGAAAUUCAUCAAGCAAAUAGGACACCUAUUGCAAUGGCCGGAGAUAUACUGCUUUCAAAAGUUCUUCCCCAUUCUCACGCGCUGGCAGGUCCAGCAAACAAAAAAGGAGAACAUCCUUAUUGAGCCAAUUGAAAUCAUUAAAAAGCGCACGGUUAAAGGCGUGGCCAGUUUGGAACUGCGCUGGCAUGAUCCAAGCGGCAGUUUUAAAGGUCUCAUUCCUGACAACCAGAUUGCCGAGUUUGAAUUGGAGCAUCCAAAGGGAAUAGAAGAACUUUACUACACUAUUGAGCCAUUGGACAUGCUGGAGACAGCGUAUCCAGAAUUGGUGUCUGCCUUCUUGAAGUCUAAGGAAAAGCCCGCCAAGAAACCCACAAGAAAGAAGAAAACUGCAGCAGAGGAAGAAGACAAGGAAAAUGAGCCAAAACCAAAGCCGAAACGGGCCGUUAAAAAGAAAAAGGAUGUACCUGAUCAAAAUCAGCCUUUAUUACAACAAUUUUUGAGGCGUGACAAAGAAAGUACUCCAGUCAAGAGUUCUGCUCCACAACGCCAGCAAUGUUCAACUCCCAUAACCAAGUUCGUGCCUUCAGACCUGGAGAGCGACUGUGAUGCUGAGGUGUUCGACAUGUCUGAUAUUGUAAAUGGUAUUAUAUCAAAUCCAAAUUCCAAGCCAGCACUGACCAAACACGAAGGACACCAGCUGCAUUACGAAUCAAUGGCUGAGGAUUUAAGCUUGCGAAUGGCGCAAAUGAGUUUGGGAAACAAAGAGGACUCUCCUCUGGAAAAAGAAAAGAAAAGAGACCUUUCACAAAUCGAACAACUACCACAGAGUAAGCGGCUGUCGUUAGAUGACAGCUUCGAUUUACUGGUAAAGGGAGACCGAAAUUUUGCCAAGACUCCAGUAGAGCGGUUCAAGCUCCAACACCGCCUAAGCGAAAAGAUUCCAACUCCAGUAAAGCCUUUAGCUAAUAUAAGUUACUUUUUUGAUCAAAGUUCCAACAAUGCCGACGUCUUUGAGGAACUAAUGAACUCGAGCUUGGCGCCGCAGGAUCAAGAGGACAACGAAGAAGAGGAAGAAGAUGAAGACCUAAUAUUAAUUAGUGAUUAAACAAAUAUUAUACA